CAUCACGUCAGUUGAUCACCAGCUCUUAACUCCUUUAACUUGUGUGGUUGUUUGCUCGCUUGUUCACACGCGUUUCCGAAAUCCGAAAUUACGCGUUCUGUGAGUGGGGCGCGCUCUCACGUUUUUCGUAGGAUAGAAACUUGGAUUUUUCCCGACAACCUCUGGUGUUGCACAUUUUCACCCACCUUUCCUUCGUAUGUUUUGGUUUUAUAUGGCCAUAAAUCGCAGAAAACUCACACAAUCUGGCUUGAAUAUAGCGCUCGAGCAGGAGCUAAAAACCAAUAAAAUCCAGUUCAUGAUAGAGACAAUUUUUUACAUAGAACCUAUUUAGACCCUCAGAGUAGCCGUUGAUCUACGGGUUUAUCGAAGGAUUCGAAAUUGCAUCAAACCUCGAUUGUUUGUAAUAGUGCGGCGGACCAUUGUAAUCAUGCCAGACCACUGCGAAAAAGAGUACUGUUAUAACUAUGCGAACAGCUUUUCAAAAGUCGGAGGACACAAGCUUCCGCUCUUAAAUGCCUUGUAUAAACACAUCAGAGGAUAUAGUGUGAUUCAUGGGAACCCAGAGCUGCUCCCUCCUAAGCUAAAAGAUUUUAUUGAAGAAAAAGCAAGUCUGUGCAAGCCGAGGGACAUUCAUAUAUGCGAUGGAUCGGAGUCUGAAAAUGAGAGUCUUCUUCAGCGGAUGCAAAAGGAAGGCACAAUAGUUCCUCUUCCCAAGUAUAAAAACUGUUGGUUGGCCAGGACGAACCCCGCAGAUGUUGCGCGAGUCGAGAGCAAAACAUUCAUUGUCACCCGACAGAAGAGGGAGGCCGUGCCUACCGCUAAACCUGGAGUCCAGGGUCAACUAGGGAACUGGAUGUCUUACGACGACAUGGAUAAAGUCGUCAGCGAAAGGUUUCCUGGGUGUAUGAAAGACCGCACCAUGUACGUGAUUCCGUUCAGCAUGGGUCCGGUGGGCUCCCCAUUCUCGAAGAUAGGGGUGGAGAUCACGGACUCGCCGUACGUUGUAAGUUCGAUGCGGAUCAUGACACGGAUGGGCGCGCCGGUUCUUAAGGAACUCCUCGCCGACAGCAGCCAGGACUUCGUCAAGGCCUUGCAUAGCGUCGGCACCCCCGAGUCCGGCAAGCACGAAUACCCGUCAUGGCCAUGUGAUCCUGAAAGAACCGUCAUCCUCCACAAACCCGAAACGAACGAAAUAGUUAGUUAUGGCAGUGGUUACGGAGGAAACUCCUUGUUGGGGAAAAAAUGCCUCGCCCUGAGAAUCGGAUCUACCUUAGCGAGAAAAGAAGGCUGGCUCGCAGAACAUAUGUUGAUCUUAGGAAUAACAAACCCAGACGGAGUGAAGAGGUACAUCACAGCUGCGUUUCCGAGUGCUUGCGGUAAAACCAACCUGGCAAUGAUGACACCAACACUAAAAGGUUACUCAGUCAAAGUUGUCGGCGAUGACAUCGCGUGGAUGAGAUUCGAUAGUGAAGGACAGCUACGGGCCAUUAAUCCUGAAAACGGAUUCUUUGGUGUUGCGCCAGGAACGUCCAACGAAACGAAUCCAAACGCGAUGCGUACGAUUUUUGAGAACACGAUUUUCACGAACGUAGCUUCAACAAGUGACGGAGGGGUCUAUUGGGAAGGAAUGGAUAUUGAACCCGGCGUACAGAUCACCGACUGGAAAGGGAAUCCCUGGAACCCCACAAUGAAAACACCUGCUGCACACCCGAACUCGAGAUUCUGUACACCUGCAAGUCAGUGUCCGAUUUUAGACAAAGAGUGGGAGAAUCCAGAAGGAGUGCCAAUUAGUGCGAUUCUGUUCGGCGGAAGGAGACCGGAAGGUGUGCCUUUGGUUUAUGAGGCCCUUAAUUGGCAUCAUGGGGUCUACGUCGGUGCAUCGAUGAGGUCUGAAGCAACGGCAGCCGCAGAGCACAAGGGAAAAGUAAUCAUGCACGAUCCAUUCGCAAUGCGACCGUUCUUUGGUUACAAUUUUGGAGAGUAUUUAGCCCACUGGAUUAGCAUGGAAAAGAAACCAAACGUGACCCUGCCGAAAAUCUUCCACGUCAACUGGUUCAGAAAAGACUCCAAGGGACAUUUUAUGUGGCCUGGUUUUGGUGAAAAUUCCCGUGUACUCGACUGGAUUUUGCGUCGGGUCGAUGGUAUCGGAAGCAUCGCACAAAAGACUCCUAUUGGUUACGUCCCCACCAACGAUUCAAUCCCGUCACAAGGACUCAAAACGCCCGUCGACUUUACACUCUUAGCAGCUGUCGACAAGGAGUUCUGGCUGAAAGAGGUCGACGAGGUCCAUCAAUAUCUCAUAAACCAGUUAGGUCCAGAUCUACCGUCUGCAAUCCAGGCUGAAAUCAAUGCAUUAAGGGAGCGAUUGUCGGAGUCAAACUAAUCCAUGAGUACGAUCUCCUCUGCCAACUGCCAUUAUUAUUCUGGAGGAUGUCGAAUGAAACGAAUAUGAAGUGGGUCCCGAAUGAAUGAAGCGGGUUCCGAGAGAGUUGGAUCCCGUGUCUGGAUCGGUACCAAUAUGAAAACAAAUCGUUUUACGUAAAUGGCAGACGCCAAAAAGUAAAAUAUGGUCGACUCAAAGUUUCCAGACUCUGCUUUUAAAAAAAAUUAAUAACUGGGCCUGAGAACUUCCGCCCCCUUCCCUUCAUAUCGUCACCUUCGCGCCAAAGUAUCGAAAGCGCCAUGCGAAGUUUCAAAAUUUUCGCCGCCAUUUUAUUUUUUUACAAAGAAAUUGAUCAACGAGGCUGUCCGAAAAUUUCACCGAAUUAUCUUUUUGCUGCCGAUAAAAUUCAGUGAAAUUUUUAAAGAGAUUUCACCAACAAUGUCUGUAAAAAAUAAAUUGGCCGCGGAAAUUUUGAAACGUCGCAUGGCGCUUGUGAUACUUCGGCUAGAGGGUUACGAUAUAGCAAUCGGGGGCGAAUCGUUUAUUCUGGGUCCGCGUUACUAUUGCUUGAUGUAUAGAAAACCCCGCAUAUAUCGGCGAUAUACCAAGAAAAAAAGUUCGGUCUAUGAGCCGUAAGCACAGUGAUUCAUACCGGCCGUACUAGUUGGUUCUCGCGGUUCUACGAACCGUAACUUCGGUUCAUGCGACCGAACUCUCAAACCAGGCUAGGUUGCACGGACCGAGAGACCGAGAACCGAGAGUACGAUGUUUCGUGAACCGAAUUAUACGGCCGAGAUGAAACACUAUUCUCACGGUUCAGAGAUCGACUUUUUGAUCGGUGAAAAUAAUGCGAGGAAAUAUACGCGAGGCAAUAAAAUUGAAGAGAAAAAAGGGGG